GUCUGCGUCUCUCUCCUACCCUAACCCCCCCGUGCCACAACCACCCACACCCUGUGCCUCGUCACCCACCCUCAAACUCCCAUAUCCACCAGCCCUCCGCCCGCAAACUCACCGUCCACCACGAUUCCUCACCGCGUGAGCAAACAAGAUCAAGGACUCCUCCCUUCCACCGCGGAGGCACUGGGAAGCAACCACCAUAACCACCACAAUUACUACCACAGCCAUUGAUGGACCCAGAGAUAAGGAAGGAAAAGGGGGGUUGAAAGGUUACGGAGCCUGCCUUGAGUGAAAGACUGCAGGGGAGAGAGUGAGGGAGUUGGUUAGUGAAUUUGUGAGGUUUAGGUUUAGUGGGGGGACGAGGUGUAACAGGUAGUGGGGAGAGAGUUGCCGGAGUGCGUAACGGAGCCCUCCGCCGCCGCCGCUGCCGCUACCGCCGCCGCCGUCGUCGUGAUGAGGUGGUCAAUCGUCGUGGUGAGGUGGUCAGUCGUCGCUGUUGUUUUCCUGUGUGCCUUGGGGAAUAGCGCCGAGGCAAAAAAGAAGGAAAAGGAGAACAAGAAUGCAGGAAGGAAACGGCAAAGACAAAGGGUGUUCGUGUCGGGUGGAACGGCUCGCCAUGGAGCUCGUUGCCGCUUUCCAUUCUCGCACAAAGGAGUCGACUACCAGGAGUGUGUGCCAGACGGGCAGGGAAAAACCUGGUGUGCAACGACACAUGAACUGGACAAAGAUGGGAAAUGGGGUUACUGCCCCACAGAAGAGUUGACAGAGUACAAUUUGGAUGAAGAGGAGUCUGUGUCCUAUGAAACAGAUGUCAACUCCGAGCAAAACUACGACUACUGGAACAUCAAUGACCGAAUCGACCCAUGCAACAUGAACCCAUGCCAAAACGGUGCCAAGUGCAAUGCCGUGGGCUCUAGGUUCACGUGCAAAUGUCACCUACCGUUCCAUGGGACUUUAUGCGAGAAAGUGUGGGACCCUUGCCGUAACGUACGGUGCCGGAAUGGUGGAGUGUGUCUCGUGUCUCCCUCGUCCCUGAACACCUUCACCUGCGACUGCAUCCACCCCUUCUCCGGGCGUCGUUGUGAGACAGCGGGGCCAGUGUGCGCCGUGAACCCGUGCGAGAACGGGGGGCAGUGCUCAGCAGAGGUGGACAGCGACCAGAAGUUCACCUGUAGCUGCCCCCCAGGGUUCACCGGACCCAAGUGCCAGAUCAAUGAGAGGGACUGCGUGGAGGGAGCCGGCGCGUCCUACCGGGGCCCCGCGUCGCUCACAUUGUCCGGCCGCCGCUGCCUGCGCUGGGACACGGCGGAGCUGCUCAAGGAGCCGUACAGCGCCCACCGCCCAGAGGCCGCGCAGUGGGGGGUCGGCGAGCACAACUACUGCAGGAACCCAGAUGGAGACACGAAGCCUUGGUGCUACACCUUCAAUGACCGUGGAGUCAAGGCCUGGGAAUACUGUCAGCUGCCUGUGUGUGCUGAUAAAGUCCAGGAUAAGCCACAGCAACAGAGACCCAGGCCUAAACCACCUCAACCUCAACCACAGCCUCAACCACAGCCUCAACCACAACCUCAACCACAGCCUGGAACAGAGUUCAGCACAUGCGGACUGCCUGAAGUUCAGUCGUUCCUGGGCCGGAUCGUGGGGGGGCAAAACGCGCGGCUCGGCUCGCACCCCUGGCAGGCGUCGCUGCAGAUACGGCAGCGAUUCUUCCUGAGCAACGUCGUCUCCACCGUGCACAUGUGCGGGGGGACGCUCGUCGCUCCAUGUUGGGUGGUCACCGCCGCCCACUGCAUCGGCACCACCAAGACAGAGAAUUUCCGGGUGAAGCUGGGUGUGGGGCGCUUGGACCGCGAAGUGGCCGGCUCUGAGCAGGGCUUCGACGUGGAGCAAAUCAUUGUUCACGAAGGGUGGGGGAAGGGACAGUACGAGCAUGACAACGACUUGGCGCUGAUGAAGCUGCGAAAGGUCGGAGGUCACUGUGCGCAGGAGUCGCGCUACGUGCACACCGCGUGCCUCCCUCAACAGGGGGAGGCGCUGCCCGCCGACUACAACUGCGACAUCUCGGGCUGGGGGGCCACGAGCUUCAAGGGAGCGGGCUCGCAGGAGCUGCUGGAGGCGCAGGUGAAGGUGAUCGCCACUCCGCGCUGCAACACGCGCCAGGCCUACAACGGCGGCAUCACCGCCAACAUGCUGUGCGCCGGCAACUUCGAGCGGGGCGGCGUUGACACGUGCCAGGGCGAUUCGGGGGGCCCACUGGUAUGUCCGCGCCCUGGGGGUGCCGAGGGGGCGCCCCCCAUUCACGUGCUGCACGGUGUGGUGAGCUUCGGCGAGGGGUGUGCCCAGCAGUACAAGCCUGGGGUGUACACACGUGUGUCGCGCUACGUGACUUGGAUCCAAAGCAAAAUCCGCUAGGCACACGCACGCACCGUUACACACAAUACACACACACACAUGCUCACGCAUCCAACACUGCGGUCACAACGGCCACUAUUCACUCUAUAACGGUGAUGUCGCAACAGCGUUUGUGCCAGGCUACGUGCACUGAGGCAUGUAGCCUGGUAGCUGUACACACACCAACGCUCACAACACACUUCCAUCCAUGCGCAUUCCACUCUGGCAUAUACAGGCGCGCACACACACAAUCGUCAGUGCACAAACCGGUACAAACCAGUCCAGUACACAUGCUGACACACCAACAAAGCUCACACAGCAAUCUAGAAAAUGACACGAAAACAUCAAUUCAUCUGUUACAAGACUUGUCUCUAUUGGUGCAGCGGUGACGUCUUGCUGACAGGUCACAGGCUGUAUCCAACUUGCAAAUUACACGGAUUUUAAUUCUAGUGAUGUUCCAUAACGGCUAGAAAGCUACAAUUUGGCACAAAUAAUCAGGUCUAUGCUUAUAGAUAUAUACAUAUGAAGCCAAAAUACGUGGAAGUUGACUGCACCAACUCAUCGGCCAGGGUCAGCCUAAAGUUCUACAUUGUUUUAAUGAAUGUCAACUAAAUAGUUACAAAUAUAUUAUUGCGAGGAGUAUAUACGUUGAAGCGUAGUACAGAACAAUGGAUUUUGCUGCACUCCCGGCUGCUGACAACGUAACCCUGCAGCAUCAGACAGCACCUGCCUUAUGCUUGGCGAUCGCUCAUCCAACCACUAUCCAGGUUCAAUCCUACUAAGCAUCUGAGAUCUGACAAGACAGAGCGCACGUGCUGCACGUGCGUUUGAUCAUAGGUCACACACAGCUAUAUCUGAACGCAAACACACCUUAAUGCGUCAACAGACACACACCUAAGAAUUCACACACGCGCACCAAACGCUGAUAUGUGGUUCGUUACAAAAAUCCUGAACUAAAACUAACAUGAUCUUGCCAAUGUCUGAUUUUACAUUUACCAUUUGUGACACACAGUAUAAACCGUACAAUUAUCGCAGACUGAUUUUUGACUUUUAAUUAAAAAACAUUAACAUUU